AUGGAAUUGGCGGAGACGAUUAGUAAGAUCCUACCCAAUGUCCAGUAUCUUCCAUUCUUUAAGUGGUCGUCCAAGAUGAUGGGGCCCCCUAAUACUAGAAGGAGGGAUAGACAGUGCGACUAUCACAAGGACCACGGCUACGACACUGACAGCUGUUAUGCACUGAAGGACCACCUGGAGGAGUUAGUGCAAGACGGUCGGUUGGCGCAAUAUAUCCGAAAGAACAAUCCACUGAACACAGUAGCUCUACGGCUAGAUUCACCUCCACUUAGUGUAAUUCACAUGAUAUACAGCCUAUCGUCGCCAGCCCAAAUACAUACAAUUCAAUUACAAUCUAGCCCGUCCAAGCCGAUCACACCUGCUAAAUGGUCCCCUGAAACUAGCAAGAUUAGCUUCGAUGACACUGACCUAGAUGGAGUAACUCUCCUCCACGCCGAUCCCCUUGUCAUCGAGCUACGCGUGAACAGAUUCACAAUCGAGCGUGUUCUCAUUGAUCAGGGAAGCACCUCAGAAAUAAUGUAUUACAAGAUAUUCAUUAAACUCAGCUUCACUGAUUCGGAUAUGUUACUGGCCUAUUUCCCACUGUUCAUCUUCAACGCCAACCCCGAAUAG